AUGCGUGAUCCGUAUGCCAUUAAAUACUGGCUUUCGAGAUCCGGCUCUCCCCCGUACACUCUUGCGCAGUACAACGAAGCCAUCAACCAGGUGUACAAGAUGUACGCCGCCCAGCAGGCUGCUAGAUGGAAGGAGACCCAAGAACAAGUCACGGUGGUCAACAACUGGCCCCCCGCUGGAAAGUGUAUCCCCCUUGCCUCGAUCACCGCCACAACUGUCGUUCCUGGUACUAAAGCUGGAACCACCACAAUCUCCAGCGGUGGUCGCUACCAUGUGGAGAUUACCAAAGUUCCUGUUACCACCAACACUAUCCCUGGAUUGUCUGCUGGAACACGAACCCUGGUAAAUUCUCAGGGAAACUUCUACAAUGAGGUUGUAGUUGUUCCUGCCUCGACAACCACCGUGCCAGGCCACACAGCUGGAACUGCGACUCUUACGGAUGCUGACGGCGGAUUUUAUGAAGUGGUCACGCUCGUUCCUGUGUCAACCAUCACUGUUCCGGGUUUAGUCACUGGCACGGAAACCCUCGUCAAUCGCAAUGGGAGUUUUUAUGAGCAGGUAACCGUCGUCCCCACGUCAACAACGGUCGUUCCAGGUCAUAUUGUUGGAACUGCCACUAUUCGAAACAGCGAUGGCGGCUUCAACGAGCGAGUCACGAGUGUUCCUGUCUCCACCAACACCGUUCCUGGAUUGAUACCAGGAACUGCCACCCUUGUCAACCACAAUGGGAGUUUUUAUGAGCAGGUAACCGUCGUCCCCACGUCAACAACGGUCGUGCCAGGCCAUACAGCAGGAACUGAAACUCUGCGAAACACUGAUGGUGGGUUCUAUGUUCGGGCUACUGUCAUCCCUGGGUCAACAACAGUGGUUCCGGGCCACACGGCUGGAACCGCGACUCUUCAGAACACUGAUGGCAGUUUCUAUGAAGUAGUUACCAAUGUUCCCGUCUCCACAAACAUUGUUCUAGGUCUGACUGCUGGCACAGAAACCCUCGUCGAUAGUAAAGGCAACUUCUAUGAGCAGGUAACGCGCACUGUGGUCUCGACAAACACUGUCUUAGGAGAAUCUUCUGGUACUGAGACACUCACCAAUCCCCACGGUGACUUCUAUGAGCAGGUAACCAGUGUUUCAAGCCCACCUAUCUUUUCAACUCGUUCCUCCGGUAGCAUUGUUUCCACAAACAUUGUCCCAGGAUACAGAGAAGGUACGGAAAUCCUCACUGGCACCAAUGGAAACCUGUUUGUUCAAGUGACACGCACUCCAAUCUCCACCAACACUAUUUCUGGAUCCAUUGUUGGCACAGAGAUCCUUAUCAACUCGGACGGAGAUUUUUUCGAGCAAGUAACCAGCAUUCGAGCCUCCUCCAUCGUUGAUGCAACCUCCUCAGCCUCUGCCUCCACUGAUAGCUUCUCGUCAACUGGAAGCACCUCGUCAACUGGCGUUCCUUCCUUGACACGUAUUAGUGGUACAUUCACUGUUUUUGCCACGAAAGAUUCCUCUCCAUCUGCUUUCGUCGCCACAACCAUCUCUUUUGGACACUCCAAAGUAGCUGAAACCAUCAGAGACACCACUGGAGACGCUAUGGAGCAGGCGACUAGUACUCCAUUCUCCACCAGCCCUCUUGUAGGAUCCGUUAUCGACACGGAAAUACUGACCAAGUCGAACGGAGAUGUCAGCAUCCCGGUCCCAACAGCUGCUAAUACCAAGUCCUCUGCAACUUCCUCGACUGAUAUCAUCACAGUCGUCCCUGACUCCGUGCAUUUUGGAUCCACAAAAGAAGUCAAGUCUCCCACUGACACCAUCAGUAGUUCCUUUGUGCAUGAGACGGGCGCCACCGUCGCCACCAAGACUUCUACUGGAAUCACCGUUGCGAUAGAAAUACAUGCGAGCCCCAGCAGUGUCCAGUAUAAGCAGACUACCGGUUUCCCGAAAGUUGCUUCCACUAUGGCCAUCGCCUCCAACAGUGUUGUCUCCGCUCUCGUGGCUCCUAGACCUACAACACACACCAGUCUCAGAAACUCCGAAGAUGAGUUCACUGGGCUGAGUACCAGCGUUAAUGUCUCGAAAAACAUGGUGUCGACUGUAUCUGGACCCAACGAAUCUCAGACAAGCAAGGGACCUGGGGACGGCUCAAUCAGCGUUGGCGGAGUUCCUCUCUCUGCCCAGCCUCCCGGCCUUGAGUUUCCCAUCCAGGCCAACAGUGCUUCCCGACUGGCUAUCGGUGCCGUUCUCGUCCUUCCAAUGGCCCUUACUCUUCUGUGA